CCGCCGGGCCUUCCGAGUGGCCAAGCCACUGCGGAGUCCCGAGGAGCCCGCGAACCGGCGAGUCCGCGCCGUCAAUUCCGCGGGUGACUUUCUCGUCUUCCGCCUUCGUGGAUUGCUGAGAGCAACCAUGUUCAACCAACAAUUCCAGCAGCAGCAACAGUUGCAGCAGCUGCAGCAGCAGCAGCUCCAGCAGCAGCAGUUGCAACAGCAGCAGCAGUUACUGCAGCUCCAGCAGUUGCUGCAGCAGUCCCCACCGCAGGCCCCCUUGCCCAUGCCUGUCAGCCGGGGCCUCCCUCAGCAGUCGUCCCCGCAACAGCUUCUGAAUCUCCAGGGCACCCACUCCGCCUCCCUGCUCAAUGGCUCCAUGCUGCAGAGAGCGUUGCUACUUCAGCAGCUGCAAGGAUUGGACCAGUUUGCAAUGCCACCAGCCGCGUAUGACAGUGCCGGCCUCACCAUGCCCACGGCAGCAUUGGGCAACCUCCGUGCUUACAACAUGCCGGCCCCAAGCCUAGCAGCACCCAGCCUUACCCCUCCCCAGAUGGUUACCCCAAAUCUGCAACAGUUCUUUCCGCAGGCCACACGCCAGUCACUGCUGGGCCCUCCUCCUGUUGGGGUCCCAAUGAACCCUUCUCAGCUCAGCCACUCAGGGAGAAACUCCCAGAAACAGGCAAGAACUCCUUCCGCCACCCCCAAUCACAAGGAUUCUUCUUCCCAGACAGUGCCUCUGGGAGACAGGGAGGACCCCACAGAGGGGUCUGAAGAGGCCGUGGAGCUCCAGAUGGACACACCUGAAGACCAAGAUUCGCUGAUCUGCACAGAUGACAUGGAGACCCCAGAGCUUGACCCUGAGCCCUUUGAGGCAACAGAACCACCAGCCAAGAGGACAAAGAGCUCAGAGGAGGCCACAGAGAAAGGGCCUAAAGGGCAGCCACAAGCAAAGGUCCAGCCUCAGACCCAGAUGACAGCACCGAAGCAGACACAGACCCCAGAUCGACUGCCUGAGCCACCAGGAGCCCAAGUCCUGACACAUUUGCAGCCCCAGGUUCUGCAGCAUCAGGCCCAGGUGCAGCCAAGGCUGCAGAAGCAGGCGCAGACCCAGACCUCUCCAGAGCACUUAGCACCACAGCAGAACCAGGUACAGCCACGGGUACAUUCCCAGCCCCCAUGGCAGGGGCAGCUGCAGGAAACAGACCCGCCUCAGUCCCUGUGGCAGGUACAGCUGCAGGCGCAGGCCCAGACACAGACAUAUCCACAGGUAUCCGCCCAAGCACAGCCGCAGGAGCAGCCUUCGGAACAGAUGCAGGAGCAGACAUCAGAGAAGACCCAGGACCAGCCACAGGGGUCAGCACCCCCACCAGCGCAAGUGUCAGUCCUGGCUUGUGCCACAGAACCGCAGCCAUCAUCUGGCGCUACAGAAGCUAGGGGAGGCACAGAGGAAGCCUUGCCAGAACCAGCAGGUACCCAGGACAGUGAAGACACGAGCCAGGAGGCAUCAACUGGUGACCUGGAUGUGGGAGAGUGUGAAAAAAGAGCAAAAGAGAUGCUUGGGAUGUGGGGGGCUGGGGGCUCCCUGAAGGUCACCAUCCUGCAGAGCAGUGACAGCCGGGCUUUCAAUACCACAUCCCUCACAUCUGGACUUCGCCCUGGGGACUCCACAUCUGGCGCCCCUGUCCUUCCCAGCAUACCCUCUAAGCAGACCCUCCAAUUCUUCUGCUAUAUCUGCAAGGCCAACUGCAACAGCCAGCAGGAGUUCCAGGACCACCUGUCAGAGGCGCAGCACCAGCAGCGGCUUGGGGAAAUGCAGCAUUCGAGCCAGACCUGCCUGCUAUCCCUGCUGCCCAUGCCUCGGGACAUCCUGGAGAGAGAGGCAGAAGAUCCUCCACCAAAACGCUGGUGCAACACCUGCCAGGUGUACUACACCGGAGACCUGAUCCAGCACCGCAGGACACAGGAGCACAAGAUCGCCAAACAAUCCCUGAGGCCCUUCUGCACCAUCUGCAACCGUUAUUUCAAGACCCCUCGAAAGUUUGUGGAACAUGUGAAGUCCCAGGGACACAAAGACAAGGCCAAGGAGCUGAAGACACUUGAAAAGGAGACAGUGAACCCAGAGGAGGACCACUUCAUCACGGUGGACGCCGUUGGCUGCUUCGAGAGUGAUCAAGAAGAGGACGAGGAUGAUGAGGAAGAGGAAGAGAUUGAGGCUGAGGAGGAAUUCUGCAAGCAGGUGAGGUCAGGAGAUACAUCCUUAGAGGAAUGGAAAGGCUCAGAGACUUACAGCCCCAACACGGCAUACGGUGUGGACUUCCUGGUGCCCGCGAUGGGCUAUGUCUGCCGCGUCUGUCACAAGUUCUACGACAGUAACUCAGGAUUGCGGCUCUCCCACUGCAAGUCCCUGGCCCACUUUGAGAACCUGCAGAAAUACAAAGCAGCCAAGAACCCCAGCCCUGCCAGCCGGCCCGUGAGCCGCAGGUGCGCAAUCAACGCCCGCAAUGCCUUGACUGCCCUGUUCACCUCCAGCAGCAGCAAUGGCCGCCCGCCCAGCCAGCCCAGCCACCAGGACACAGCAAAAAUAGCCAGCAAGUGCUCUCGACGACACAAGUAAGCACUUACUGAAUGAAUGAGUGAAUGAAUGAAUGCAGCCCUGACUUUCCAGUCUCUGCUCUUGCUCAGCUGCCUACCAUCUAGAAUUCAUCGGCCACAGCAGCCCUUCAGGACCAGCUCAAAACACCUCCUCCUCGGAGUCUUCUCCGUCUUCCUCUACAGCGACUUCUGACCUGCCUCUUGGCAAUCCUAUGUCCCUCAGGACCCAACGUCUGGGUCUGUGCUCACUGUGGGACCCAGUUCUGAGCCAGCCAUGACUCAGAAACACUCAGCUGCCAGCAUGGGACCAAAGGGGAAGUAGCUGGUGGAUUUAAGAAAAAGGCCCAGGGAGGGUGUCUGGGAUAUGCCUUUGGGGGAUGGUUCCCAGAAAGGGCAUCCCUUACAGAGGAUAGAGCCUCUGAAGGCUGCUGGAUCUUAAAGUCCACCCCUCAUGGUACACAUGGGGAAACUGAGGCCUAAAAAGGAAGGAACCAGAACAGCUUCCCAUAGCUACUUGGUGACAGGACCAAGACUCAGACCUGAAGGUCAGAGACCCUGAAGGUCUGUACCCCAGCAUCUCCUUAUUGGAGUGGGGGACACUGAGGUUCCAGUACAGCAAGAGCUCAGUUGGGGUCUGGCCACAGCAAGAACUUAAUGGACAGCUGUUAAGACCCAUCCUUCCCAUUUGAUGGCAGGCUAGCUGAGGGGUGAGGAGAGGUGGUGCCUUCACCGAUGUCAGGGGUGCUUCCUAGCUGCUGCUCCUGUCCUGGGUCAGAUAGCCUGUACCCCACUAUCUCAGUGUCCACUCGGGGUCACACCGCACCCUCACCGAGUCCCCUUAUGAUGUUUCCACCAUGGCUGCCAGCAGUCACUGCACAGCACCUGCCUCCAGCAGAACCCGGGUAGUGAAAAUAUUCUAAAACUGUUGUGUCAAUGGAUAUGCUGGGAAUUCAGUGAAAGCCUGCGGAACUGUACGGUUUAUGUGGUAAAAAUCUAUUGUGUGACUUACAGCUCAAUAAAGCUUUUAUAACAAA